GAUCGAAUGACCUGUCAUUAAAAAAAAGGAAACAGUCGGCCACGCUUGCCAAAAAAUCAUUCCCGGGGAAUCCUUUAGAAUUUCCCCCUUUUUCAAUUUAUUCCAAUAUUACUGUAAUUUCUGUUAAAUAAAUUAAAAAGUUCAUACGCCCUCCCAAAAUUCAGAAUGGCCGAUCUGGACGAUUUCUUCGCUAAGAAGGACCGCAAGAAGUCUAAAUCGGUAAAAAAGUUCACAACUACGGACGAGCUGGCGAAAAAACUGGACGAUCCAAAACAGAAACCAGAGGUCCGGCCGAAGAAGGACCGUCCACCACAGGAAGGAGAGGAAGCCGGACGAGUGGGGGAAGAGGAAGAGUGGAAAGACUAUGAGGAGACAGUCAAAGACUACACGGGGCUCAAGAUACAGGUGCUGCAGGGCGGGACCGGAGCGCCCGAGUCAGGCCGAGACUCGUCUUCCGAAGACUCUGGCAACCCGGAGAACUCCAAGAACAAGGGACCUUGGAAUAAGCCUGUGGAAGUAGAACAAGCGCCGGCGCCUCCGCCCCCCGCGGAGCAGGAGCAGCAGCAGCAGAAGCAGCAGACGAUCAGUGCGUACGUGCCCCCGCAGUCCCGGCAGAGGGCCUCGGAGCCCGUGCGUCGGAGUCAGGCCCAGAACAAGAACGCGCCGGACAUAACCAAUGACGACUACUUCCCGGUGCUUGGCGCGGCGGGGGGCAAGCGCGGCGGGGGCUGGAGCACGGCGGGGACGGGCGCGGGCGCGGGCGGCGGGGCGCAGCGCGCGGGCACUGGCCGCCAGCCGCUCGCGCUCGGCAACCGGUUCACCUCGCUGCAGGACGAUAGCUAGCCUGGUACCACCCAGCGGAGUGGAGCGGGGAAGCAGUAAAGUGAAGUGUCAAUACGGACUUGUGUGCAAAGCCAGGGCGCAUAGCUAACUUCUAUACAAUUGUCACGCUACUACAACAACUAGCGCACUUCCGGUCUCAGUGGAACACCGUGUACAGAUAUCUUAAAUUAUAAUUCGAACGUCCCUUAUUUGAUUUCUUAAAAAAAAACUCAUUUAAAAAAAAAGAAAUGUAGAUAAAUAAUGACAUCUGAAAUAUCAAGUUGCCUGUUUUAAGCAUUUCUUCCAAAAGGAAAUUUAAAAAAAAAAGUAAUACAAUA